AUGGCAGAGUCCAGAGUUCAUAAUCAGUUUAAACUCACCUCAGAAGACAAUGUGAGGGCUGAUGUUGGUGAAGAGGUCACCCUACCCUGUCACCUCUCACCUGACACCAGUGCUGUUGCCACGACGAUCAGGUGGUUUAAAGGGACAGAGUGUAUUUACCUGUAUCAGAAUGGCCAGGUGACAGAGACUAGUGGCUAUGAGGGCAGAGUGAGUCUGAUCACCCAGGAGCUGGAGAGAGGCAACGUGUCUCUGAGGCUGAGAGACUUCAGGAGGUCAGAUACAGGAGACUACGUAUGUCAGGUCAUCCAUGGAGAACAGAAGGAGGAGGCUGCAGUGGGUUUAAGGGUCAGAGAGUUGAAGAUGGAAAAAGAAUUAAAAGAGAAAUUAAGACAGGAGAUGAUGAACCAACUAGAGGAGAAAGACACACAACUGGAUGAUAUGACCCAGGAAGUGAGAGAGAAAGAGAGACUACUGGAGGAGAAGAACCAGAUAAUGGGACAGAGGGAGAAAAUAUUACAAGAGAAAGAAAACCAACUGGAAGAGAAAGACAAGCAACUAAAGGAUAGAGACAUUCAACUAGAGGCACUGAGAAAGAACCUGCAGGACAAGAACAGCCAAGUAGAGAACUUCAGAGUCCUACUGCAGGAAAAAUACCUUCAACUAGAGGACAGACACAAACUGGGAGAGAAGGACAGACUACUAGAAGAGAAAGAUAAACAGCUGGAAGAGAGAGAUAAAGUACUGGAGGGAAAAGAAAACGAACUAAAAGAGAGGAGACAGGAACUAGAAAAGAAAGAUAACCUACUAGAGGAGAGAGAGAAGCAGUUAAAGGAAAGAGACAAACAGCUGGAGGAUGUCAACAAUGAAAAUGCUAAACUGACUCAACAGAUAUGUGAUGUGAAGACUGAGGUAGAGAGACUGAGAAGAGAGAUCUCAGCCCAGAUGACUGAACCUGGAGAGACGUCAGAUACAGGUUCCAUACUCCCAGUCAGGAGGAGACAGAGCAUGAAGCUUCCUCCAGACAUAUGUUGA